AAAAGAAAGGAAAAAUAAAAAAUUCAAUGAUUCUUCUUACUAUCUGAACCUCACGUCCUCCCACCUUCAAUCUUUUCUUAGAAAAUAGAAGUGAGAAGAGAAGUAGUUCUACCAAUUAAAAAUGGCUUUGGAAAUCGCAAGUCUUCAGGUGAGCACCAUAUCUAGCGUCAGAGCUUCUCUUGCUCAACAUCAAACUUCUUUCUUGGUUUCAAAGGAUAAGCUUAGCUGCAGAGGAUUGAAAUCUAACACUACUUACAGUACUUUAUCUCUUUCAACUUCCUCUUCUCCCUUUUCACCCUCCGGUGGUCAUGCCAACUUCCGCAACCUUAAUGUUGUCUGCAAAGCCAAAGCUGUUGAUGAAGUUACUGUGGUGAACGAUACGACCUGGGAGGAUCUGGUGAUGAGUAACACUACAACCCCAGUUUUGGUCGAGUUUUGGGCACCAUGGUGUGGACCUUGUAGAAUGAUUGCACCUGUAAUUGAUGAAUUGGCCAAAGAAUAUGCAGGAAAGGUAGUCUGUUACAAGCUCAACACCGAUGAUAGCCCAGGAGUCGCUACGAAAUUCGGAAUCAGAAGUAUUCCCACCGUGUUGUUCUUCAAAAAUGGAGAGAAAAAAGAUAGUGUCAUUGGUGCAGUUCCAAAAUCUACAUUAACUGCAUCCAUAGAGAAAUUCAUAUGAUUUGUUAAACAACAACUAGCUAUCGAAAACUGUUAAUCUCGUUAUUAUCUCCAUGAAUCUUAUAUCGUCUUUCAGAAGUAAAUAGUUGUAAUUAAUUGAAGCAAGUUAUUACUAUAUGAUUUGUUUUUUUUCUUUUC